UGAUUGAUCGUGACAGAAGAUGGCAGGCACAUCACACAUCCCAGUGGAGGAGAUGGAGGAUCUGAGAGAGGCCUUCAGUAAAGUGGAUGUGGACGGUAACGGUUACAUCAGCACCGAUGAGCUGAACGCCCUAUUCAAGGCGGCGAACCUGCCUCUGCCGGGAUAUCGCGUGCGUGAGAUCGUCCAGGAGCUCAGCAGAACCAUGGACCUCAACCAGGACGGGAAGAUCACCUUCGACGAGUUCGCCAAGGCGGUCCAUGACUUGAAGAGCUCAGAAGUGGCCAAGACCUUCCGUAAGGCCAUCAAUAAGAAGGAGGGCAUCUGUUCAGUGGCAGGAACCUCAGAACAGUCGGGAACGCAGCACUCGUACUCCGAGGAGGAGAAGGUGGCGUUCGUGAACUGGGUCAAUAAAGCGCUGGAGAAGGAUCCGGACUGCCAGCAUGUUCUUCCCAUGGAUCCCAGCUCCAACGAUCUGUUCACCGCGGUGGGCGACGGCAUCGUGCUCUGUAAAAUGAUCAACCUGUCUGUGCCGGACACUAUCGACGAGAGAACCAUCAACAAGAAGAAGCUGACGCCCUUCACCAUCCAGGAGAAUCUGAACCUGGCACUGAACUCGGCCUCCGCCAUCGGCUGCCACGUGGUGAACAUCGGAGCAGAGGACCUGAAAGAGGGCAGGCAGCAUUUAGUGCUGGGACUCCUGUGGCAAGUCAUCAAAAUCGGCCUGUUCGCCGACAUCAAAAUCAGCAGGAAUGAUGUUCUGUGGACGGGUAUCUCUUCUUCUAUUGAUAACUAUACACUUAACAAUGGAACUUGA